UUAAAAUAAAACAUUUCUGCUGUAUAUUCACUUCGGAUUAUUAUUAUAAAUUCGAAAGCGACAUCAUAGAAAACUAUCGCGUUAAUUGGAAAUUAUUAUAAUAUUAUAAUUAUAAUAUCCUAAUCUAAAGGACCACAAUUGAGUUCUACAACAAUGCAGCCAAAUGGUUUUCACAAGUACUUUUUACUGUAUAUAACGCUCGCUUAUCAACAUUCUGCAAAUGGUUCUGAAUGGGAUCACAUUGCGAACGGGAUGAACUGGACAGGCACCUGCGCCACAGGACUUAAUCAAUCACCCAUUUCGUUGAAUGUUGAAAAAGCUGAAACUUCGCUAAUGCCUCGUGUCUUUUUCGGAAACUAUAAAUUAAAGUUGAAGGGGCCGAUAUCCAUUAUUAAUAAUGGACAUACAGUUUUCAUGAACAUCCCCAAAACGACUAACGGCAAGAAGCCCUUUAUAAUUGGUGGCACUUUGAAAAAUCGUUAUGAGGCCGAUGGUCUACACUUUCAUUGGGGAUCCAAAAAUUCCCAGGGUUCCGAGCAUUUAAUCAACAAUGAACGAUUCGACUUGGAAAUGCACAUUGUCCAUCGAAAUAAUAAAUACAAAGACAUUAUCAAGGCAGUCGGCAAAACAGAUGGGCUGACUGUGGUCGGUGUCCUGUUAAAAAUUGUUAAGAAACCCAAACGCAAAUUUCCGAGCUUAAACAGAGUUUUGGCUGCAGUCGCAAAGAUUCGGAAAGAUAAUGCAAAGACAACUAUUCGGGGCGGAUUUAGUUUGGGUCAGAUGAUUGGGAACGUGAAUCCGCAUGACUUUUUCACCUAUCGGGGAUCGUUGACCACGCCCUCUUGCCAGGAGGCUGUAACCUGGAUUGUGUUCUCCGAAGUCCUGCCUGUAACCUAUUCAUCGGUAUCGAACUUUUGGAAAUUGCUAGACCAUAACAACCAAAAAAUAAUCAACAAUUUCCGGAGUGUCCAACGUUUAAAUGGGCGACAUGUGUUUUACAGAAUCUGA